AGGCUCUCCGGGCAAACUUGUGCAGACGCACGCCUGGAAGACACAACAGGAACACUGAAGGACUAUUGUGGACGAAUCAAAAUGAAGAGGAAUCAUGAUUUCAGCUCCUCGGACAGCGAGUUGGAUGAGACUAUUGAGGUGGAGAAGGAGAGCGCGGAUGAGAAUGGGAACAUGAGCUCUCCUCUCGGGUCCAUGUCUCCCACAACAUCCACUCAGGUGCAGGCGAGGAAAAGGCGUCGAGGAAUAAUUGAGAAGCGGCGCCGUGACAGGAUCAACAACAGCCUCAGCGAGCUGCGCAGGCUGGUUCCCAGCGCCUUUGAGAAACAGGGCUCGGCCAAACUGGAGAAAGCUGAGAUUUUACAGAUGACUGUUGACCAUCUAAAGAUGCUUCAUGCUGCUGGAGGCAAAGGUUAUUUUGACGCCCAUGCCCUGGCUAUGGACUACCGUGGUUUGGGUUUCAGGGAGUGCCUGGCUGAGACGGCCCGUUAUCUGAGCAUAAUCGAAGGCUUGGACAGCGCGGACCCUCUGCGGAUCCGCCUGGUCUCCCACCUCAACAACUAUGCCAGUCAAAGAGAGGCUCACUCCGGCCUGAGUCACCUGGCGUGGGGCUCUGCGUUUGGAUCCCCUCCUGCGCACCUGACGCAUCCCCUCCUGCUCCAGCACCAGCAGGGGGCACCGUUGGCACCUUUAACCCGCAGCAUCACCAGCAGCCCCCAAACUCCUCUAUCAUCUACAUCCACCCCUUCCUCCUCCUCCUCUUCUUCAUCAUCCUCGUUGGUUGCAGAGACUCAUGUCCCAAGCAGGCGCAGCGGCAGCGCCACCCCGCACUCAGACCAAGGCCCGAUCCGGGUCCCCCCCACCACUGCGGCUCCCACCAGCGUUCUCCACCCGGCCCUGGUCUCCUCAUCAGCGUCUAAGCUGUCCCCUCCUCUCCUCUCCUCCCUCUCGGCGUUCCCCUUCCCCUUCAGUGCCUUCCCACUCAUCUCCCCCACCAUCGGCACCCCUGUCCCCACAUCCAGUGUGGGUAAACCCUACAGACCCUGGGGAAUGGAGAUAGGAGCUUUCUGACUGAGAUGAAAACCUCAUCUCAAUCUACUCAAAGACUCAAGCUGUGCUGGACUUUCAAGGACGAUACUUUUUAUUUUCCCAGCUAAAAAAAGUAAACCUUUUCUAUGAUGUUGACAUCCCACAGAGGGUACACCUAGAUAUAGGAUUUUUACUUUAUUGCUCAUGUAUUGUGUUUUGUACAGAAGAGAAAAACAGUGAGGAGGGAGACCACGUCUAAAAUCCACAAGAGUGAUUUAUUGUGAUUGAUCUCUGUUCCUGUCCACCCCUUUAGAAGUUUCACCCACUGUUGUCAGCCUAUCAGGAAUGACUUUUCCAGAUGGUCAACCAGUCGCUGCCCGUCAAGUUCCUGGCUGAAACUGCCCCCUUUGUUUUUCCUCUGCGCUGAAGCACCCAGUGUUGGUGCCCUGGUUACAUACAGAGAGAGAGGGGUGUGAAAGGAGGACUUAAAGUGGUGGAGCAUCACCCCCCUUUUUACAGCAUUUUAUGGGGUGGAAUAACAGAAACCAGGUGUUUGUUUGACUAAAUACUGGGAACAUCAUUGAGCUACCAGCUUGGUUCAUAUGGUGCUCUAUUGUUUCGGCUCGCUUCCCUAAGUUAUGUUUCCUCUCUACAGUAAAUUUAACAACGGAGGCUUCCCAUAUGUUUUACCAGUUUCAACCAGCUGUCCCACACUUCUUUCUGAUUUCUCGUGUAACUGAUGCUUGGUUGAUUUGUUUUUCCACCUUGUUUAUGAGUUAUUUUCUUGUACCUGUUCAAAGUAGCAGCAUUAUUGAUCUGUAAUUAUGAAGAGGGAGCUCAUUUGUAUCUGCCACAGAAUUGGCUGUAAAAAGGCAAAACAAUUCAGUUUCCUGUUGUCUGCCUGAUAUGUUGGUGUCUACUGGUAAACCUCACUGUUUGAGUUUGUAUAUGUUAUGGUUGUACAAAGCACAAGAAAGCACUGACAAAUCAGAUUUCUCCACUUUUCAGAGUUGCCGCGGGUGGUAGUGACAACUUCCCUGUAAUAAAAGAGUUCUUUUAAAUCAC